GUCGGUCUCUGAAUUUCAACGUGAAGACAACGCUUCAUAUCUUUUUUCUACACAUAAAAGUCGAUUUAGAAUGUUCAAAAGAUUUGUUUCACAUAGAAAAUGUGUUUUAGAAAAUUUCUACGAUGCUCGCUUCGGAGUAGUGAAGAAAUACACGACGGAAAGCUCUUCUGUGAAAACAAGUUAUUUCCAUAAUGUUGGGCUACAUCCAUUAAAAUAUAUGACUGUUGGUCAAGCUUUGAAGAAGAUUGCGACACAAUACCCGGAACAAACUGCUUUGAUAUCUUGUAUUGAUAACAAGCAAUACACUUUCGCAGAAAUAUUGGAUAAGGCGGAUCGAUUAGCAAGUGGCUUGUUGAACUUGGGAUUAUCAUCUGGUGAUCGAGUGGCAAUCUGGGCGCCUAAUUAUGACUUCUGGUAUAUCAGUAAGCUAGCGAUUGCUCGAGCUGGUUUAAUCUGCGUUGCAUUGAACCCCGCUUAUCAACCUUCCGAAUUGGAUUAUUCACUUAAAAAAGUUGAUGUAAGAGCAAUUGUGAUGCCUGAAACAUUCAAAACGCAAAAGUAUUACGAGAUGGUUUCGAACUUUAGGAAGACAUCAAGUUCUUUAAAAUACGUUGUAAUGGUUUCGGAGAAGAAUUUGCCUGGCGCAGUCCGUUUUGAUGAUUUAAUUAAAUCAUCUUCUGAAAGUGACAAAGCAGAGAUUGAAGAACUUCAAGCAACAAUUUCACCAGAUGAUGGUUGCAAUAUUCAAUUCACAUCUGGGACGACAGGAUAUCCAAAAGCAGCUGUUGUCAGUCAUUUCAGUUUUGUGAAUUGUGGAAGUCAAACUGGCAUUCGUAAUGAAUUAGACCAACGUCAUCGAACUAUUUGCUUAAACUUGCCAUUCUUUCACAUCGCUGGAAUUGUGUCGUUAAUGCAUUCUGUUAUGUGUGGAUCAACACUUGUAUUGCCAUUACCUCAUUUCAGCGCUGAAGCUUCAAUCAAUUCAAUUUUAACUAAGAAUUGUGAUGUGAUUUAUGGAACUCCGAAUAUGUAUGUUGAAAUGGUUGCGAAGAAGAAGGAACUCAAUGUCGAAAUCCCUGAAAUAGCAUUCUCAGUUACUGGUGCAGCUAUCUGCACUCCAAAGCUUGUAAGAGAUGCCAGGAAAUACCUCAACAUCAGAAAGUUUCGAUCAGCUUAUGGAAUGACAGAAACGACUGCAUCAGGUUUUCAAGUGUUGCCUGAUGAACAUGACAAUUUCGUUGAAGAGUUUGUGGGAUUUGCUUCGGAUCAUAUUGAACUGAAAGUUAUCGAUCGGAAAGGACAAAUUGUUCCAUUUGGACAACCUGGAGAGCUUUGCAUACGAGGCUAUUGUAAUAUGAUUGAAUAUUGGGGAGAUGAAGAGAAGACAAAAGAAGUUAUGGGCCGAGACAAUUGGUUGAAAACUGGCGAUCAAUUCAUCUUAUAUGAAAACGGAUACGGGCAAAUCAUCGGACGAUUGAAGGAAAUGAUCAUCAGAGGUGGUGAAAAUUUGUUUCCAAGAGAAAUUGAAGACUUUUUAAACACCCACCCCAACGUUCUUGAAUCGCAUGUUGUUGGAAUUCCCGACGAGAAAAUGGGUGAAGAAGUUGGCGCAUUUAUCAGAUUAAAGGAUCCAUCCAAACAACUCACACAACACGACGUGAAAGAAUUUUGCAAAGGGAAAAUCGCUCAUUUCAAAGUUCCACGUUUUGUUUAUGUUGUUACAAAGUAUCCAAGAACAGUAUCAGGGAAAGUACAAAAAAAUAAAUUCUUGGAAUAUUUUGCAGACGAAAUAAAAAAGAAUGAAUGA